UAUAUAUAGUUUGCUAGAUAAAGUUAACAAGUGUGAGCUAUAUGGCAGUCUCAUUAUGGUCCAUAUGUUUAGGUAUAUACUAUUAUGUACAGUUUGGUCCAUAGGAUUCGGUAUAUACUAUUAUGUACUAUUGCAUGUGCAUAUAAACUCAUUUGCAGUUUGGUUAUCUUGGAGGUUAUAGGAGACAAAGAAAAAAUGGACCAGGAUUUUUUGAGCGUUCCUAAGUUUAUUGAACUUUCAUCUGAAAGGAUCUCUUUGAAGAUGUAUCUGGUGCAGAGUAAAGCUGGUGCUAUAGCUUGUAUGUUAUUUUCUCUGUUCUUCUUGGGGACAUGGCCUGCUCUGCUUACUUUUCUUGAAAGACGAGGUCGUCUUCCUCAACAUACUUACCUUGAUUAUACCAUCACCAAUCUUUUGGCUGCUACUUUCAUUGCUUGUACUGUUGGUGAGAUUGGAAAGAGCACAAUGGAACAACCAAAUUUUUCCACUCAGCUUUCUCAGGUGCAGGACAAUUGGCCAAGUGUCUUAUUUGCGAUUGCUGGAGGACUGGUUCUCACUCUUGGAAACCUUUCAACUCAAUAUGCAUGGGCUUUUGUUGGUUUGUCUGUCACUGAGGUCAUCACUGCAAGCAUUACGGUUGUUAUAGGAACGACCUUGAAUUACUACCUUGAUGAAAAAAUUAACAAAGCUGAGAUUCUUUUUCCUGGCGUUGGAUGCUUCUUGAUUGCUGUUUGUCUAGGCUCUGCCGUUCAUGCAUCCAAUGCAGCCGAUAUCAAAGAAAAACUUGAUUAUUUUUCAAAUGACUCCAAGAAUGGGGUUGGCACAAAAGGUGUUAAUAAUUCUAAACAAACAAAUACAGACACAGUUGAUACGCACGACAUGGAGAAUGGAGUUGCGUCUGAGGUGAAGGCAAAGGCUGGAACAGCGCUUUUCCUUAUAGAAGUUGAGAACAAAAGGGCAAUGAAGGUUUUUGGGAAGAGCACUUACAUUGGUCUGGCCAUUACCUUUUUUGCUGGAGUUUGCCUUGCUCUCUUUUCGCCAGCAUUCAAUUUAGCAACAAAUGAUCAGUGGCAUGCUCUUAAAGAUGGAGUGCCACACUUGAGUGUCUAUGCAACAUUUUUCUAUUUCUCAAUUUCCAGCUCUUUACUGGCAACAAUUUUGAACUUCACCUUCUUGUACCGUCCUAUACUAAAUGCUCCCAAAUCGUCAGUGAUAUCAUAUGUGAACGAUUGGGGUGGAAGAGGUUGGGCCCUUUUGGCUGGACUUUUGAGUGGCUUUGGAAAUGGUCUCCAAUUUAUGGGAGGUCAAGCAGCUGGAUAUGCAGCUGCAGAUGCUGUUCAGGCACUGCCUCUUGUGAGCACAUUUUGGGGGGUAAUAUUGUUUGGAGAAUACCGAAGAUCAUCUGGAAGAACUUAUACUCUUCUUGCAGGAAUGUUGAUCAUGUUCAUAGUAGCUGUUGCAAUCCUCAUGGCAUCUUCAGGGAAACGAAAAUAGAAUAGAACAGAUAUAUUAAUGUUUCUGUACACAUCGGUCACCAUGCAUGCAUACAUCUUAGCUUCUUGUUAAGAGAAGCAAUUCCGGUUCGAGAACAUUCAUUAUAUUAGAGUAGGUAGAAUCAUCUUUUAGCUUACUGCACUUUGUGUUUAUCACUGAAUAAAACCAUCCAAUUGAACUCUUGGUGUCAAUUUUCUGCUGAAUGCCUCUCAAUAUUGAGAAUCUUGUCAUUAAAUAGAAAAUAUUCAAUGAUUACAUCCUUAAA